AUGAAUGGGGACUUUGUUGGACAAUGGAGGGUUUGGACGGAGACUGGACUAAUCAUUUUGGCUCUUUUAAUCUGGGGCUCAGAAUGGGAUAUCGAUGAAGGAUCGAUUGAUAAGAUGCUAGAUGAUUGGUGGGCUACAUCCAACGAUGAAAACGAGCAAAGACAGGUUGAGGAACAAGGAGAGAACGAGUCUGGUGAUGGAGGAAUUGCUGUUGAGUGCCAAUGA